GAUCCCAUUAGACAAAGGGCUGUGAAUAAAGAAAAAACCUCGUCUCCAAAACAAGGAUUCCAAUUUGACGCCCCACCUGGAAUCUCACGCUUGAACCCUUUCCUUCCAAAAAUUUCGUUUCCAGAACUUUUAAGACAUCCAAAAAAAAUAGCAAACAAAAGUAGAGAAAAUAUUUCUCUGUUUUUCAAACUACUGUUUCCCACUCUGUUUUGCAUUUUUGUGAGAUUGUACUUCCAAACCAUCAGCUGAAUCAUAAACCCUAGAUCACACCCACCUCCCUGAGAGAUCGAACUGGGAAAAAAGAAUCCUUCUUUAUGAAUUUUCGGUAUUUUUGAGUAAUAUUAUGCAUAGAUCGGGAGUCGCCAUGGCUUGGAACGUGUUCAAGUUCUGCAUAGUUUUGCGAGGUCUGGGGUCGGUCAUGAUCCUCCUGGUUCUUGGGGUCGUCGGUGUCACCUAUUACACUGUCGUUUUCACCAAUUACGGCCCGGCUUUGUACGAUGGCGGCCUUGACUCUCUCAUUGCCGUUGGCGUAUUGAUCAUAUUUCAUUGCUUGUUGGUGAUGCUGUUAUGGAGUUAUUUUUCUGUUGUUUUGACGGAUCCGGGUGGUGUGCCACCUAAUUGGAGGCCUGCUGUUGAUGAAGAGAGAGGGGAGGCUGACCCAUUGACUUGGUCGGAUUUUAAUGGUUUGCAGCCUGACCCCUCUAAUCAGAGGAUCCGGUAUUGCCGGAAGUGCAACCAGCUGAAACCACCUCGUUGCCAUCAUUGCUCAGUUUGUGGGCGGUGUGUACUGAAAAUGGAUCACCAUUGUGUAUGGGUUGUUCAUUGUGUUGGGGCCUUAAAUUACAAUUAUUUUCUUCUUUUCUUGUUUUACACAUUUCUUGAGACAAGUGUUGUAACAUUAUCCUUGCUGCCACAUUUGAUAUCAUUCUUUAGCGAGGGAGAAGUACCUGGAACACCUAGCACCCUUGCAACUACCUUUCUUGCUUUUGUCCUGAAUCUUGCAUUUGCAUUAAGUGUUUUGGGUUUUCUGAUAAUGCAUAUAUCAUUGGUGGCUGCAAAUACCACAACCAUUGAGGCAUAUGAAAAGAAAACCUCCUUUAAAUGGCGCUAUGACCUUGGUCGAAAAAAGAAUUUUGAACAGGUGUUUGGGACAGACAAACGAUACUGGUUCAUGCCUGCUUACUCAGAUGAAGAUUUACGACGGAUACCAGCGCUUCAGGGUCUCGAGUAUCCGUCUAAUCCUGAGUUUGACUCCCAAGAGUUCUAAUACCGUAUGUAAGACAUGUCAGCAAUACAGAAAUU